AUGUAGAACUUCAUAUCUAGAUCAACUAGAACUAAUACUAAUGAUUUUGCACAUCGUCGUGAAGAUAGCUACGAUUUCCAUGAGUUUAAGAAUUUAGCUUAAAGUUUAAUAUGUACUCAACAUUAAAAAGAAUGGAAUCAUCAACCAAGGCUAACAUAAAUACUUCUCAAUUAAAAUUUAACUGUCAUGUUCGAUGGUUAAAUUAUCAAAGAAUAAUGUACCUUAUAUCCUAAUGUUCUUAAAAUCAAUACUCAUUACAUUCAGCUUUCACAAUAUUAAAUCAAGAGGAAACAAUUGAUUCACAAUAAUAAAAAAUGUUAUCUCCUCCUACUUGGAAAUGACAUUAUGCUAUUCUUUAGCAGUUUCGAUAUUCAGAAACAUUGGUAUAAUUAGAUUAAGCAAUUUUGCAUUAUGAAAAACUUACUAGUCAAAUAUCGUCUUUAGGAACAGCUAUUUCAAGAUUUCUACUCUAUCAUUAAAAAAAAAGUAACUAAAUCUUUAAAUCUAAGAAUCGAUAAUAGUUUUCUGCCUAUAUAAUUAAUAAGCAACAACCCUAUCUAGAUCAUACGUUUGGCUUAUUACAUGAAAGCAAGAAUCAUUCAAUCCUCAAAAUAAGAAGAAUCUAUGAAGAUACCAAUAAUUACGUCAUGAUUACUGAAAGAUUCGAAGGUGAACCAGUCUUUAAUUUCUUAUUAGAGAAUAUAUAGUUUAUGGAAGUUUAAGUUGCUACAGUAUCAUUUUAUCUUAUUUUUAGUUGAUUUAUUAGAUCUUACUUUUGUUGCGCUAUUUAAAUGAACACUAGGCUUAUCAUGGUAAUAUUAAUGCCUUAAAUAUAUUAAUCAAUAGAGAAAGUUAAUCAUUAGAGAUUGCUGUUAUUGGUUUUAUAUACUAUGUAAUAAAUAACUUAACUUCUUUAGCCUUUCAAAUAAGGAGAUGAUAUUAAUGAAUAUUUAAAAUGGGUUAAUUUAAAUAAAUAUUAUUGGAGUGGUUUUGAAGAAAACUAAAUACCAGGAAUACAUUCUGAUCUCUAUCAAUUAGGAGUUUUACUUUAUAUCAUUACAUUUUAUACAAAAAUAAAUCAAGAUUUGAAAGUACGCAAAUUAAUAAUAAAAGCGAAAAAGUGACCCUUACAAACUGUUUUAAAAGUAUAUGAAGGAAUUAGUAAUAAAAUAUGAACUAAUCGAUGAAACAAUUGAUGUCUUAACAUGUUGAAUAUUAAUAUUUUAUUUAGAGAUGAAGACCCCAGAUUCAUAAUUUAUACACAUAUUUUCAUCAAGUCAAUUGGAUCUGAUAAAAAAGUUAUUAUCAAAUUGCUCAUUGUCUGAUGCUCUAACACAUUAAUGGUUUGUAAAUGCAAAACAAAAAGCUAAGCCACACAAUUAACGUUAAGGGUUGCCAACUCUAAAGACUAUAAUUGAAUUGAAAGAAGCUAGUGAUGGUGAAGCAAGUAAAUCAUAAACAAAAAGAUUCAGUAUAUAGAGUGAUCUUUAUGAUUCAAGUAACAAUAAAAUUGUGAUUAUUAAGUGGAUGAGUGUCCAACAGUCUCAUAUUUAAUGCGCAACAUCUUAGAUUAUGAAAAGGCGCCAUGUAAAACUCAUCAUUCCUGA